UAGUCCGGUGUCGCGCGGUCACGUCUGCCCGACCUUUCUCCGUGCGUUUCACUCGAAGCCGCUGUCGCCGCCGCCGCGUCGCAGUGUCAGUCGUCUGUGCGUUCUUAACUCGUUUCGCAGUGUUUAGUGCUCGUUUUUACUUGGUGUAGUGCGAACUGAUUAGUGUGCUAUAACCGCGUCCUUACUACCGUAUCAUCGUUGUUAUCAUUACAGUUUGAGGCGAGAGUAUUAUGCUCGUCGGCAGUCGUCAGGGGCGUCCGUGGUGAAUUGAAACCAUAUAUUUCUGAUACACUGUUAUCGUCAUCACUGGUCGUCACCAUGUCGUCAUCGUCGUCGCCUCCGCCACCGUGGCUGCUACAAAAAUUAUUUGGUGAUGAGCCGGUCGUGCCCUGCAGAGGUGGAAGAGUAAAACUGACUGACGUUAACCGUCAACUAAUUUGCGUUUUAUGCCAUGGAUACUUGGUAGACGCUACAUCCAUCGUCGAAUGUCUUCAUUCUUUUUGCCGGAGUUGCAUUGUACUGCAUUUGGACAAGAAUAAUUUUUGUCCGAUAUGCCGAGAAGAUAUUCAGAACAGCAAAGUUCUCAAACCGGAUAAAGCAUUACAAGACAUAGUGUACAAAUUAGUCCCGGGCUUAUAUCAUUCAGAAAUGAAACGUAGACAAGAAUUUUAUCAAAAACACCCUCACAGAGACAUGCAUUUACAGCCAGAAUGUCGGGGUGUCAGCGUCGAUCGAAUUAUAUAUACAUCUGAUGAAUUAAUUAGCCUGUCAUUGGAAUACUACGAUAAAGUAUGCGAACAAGAAAUGUGGAAAAACGUCACGGAUGAUAAAGGCUUACACUACAAAGUGAGAACCGAUAAACCACAACGAUGUAUUGUGAGGAAACGGUAUUUGAAGUGUCCCGCAGCCGUUCGAAUGUCGCACCUUAAGAAAUUUAUUCGACUGAAAUAUAACCUAAAACCUUGGGACAAGGUUGAAUUGCUGUACAGAAGGGAAAGCUUACCCGAAGAGUACUCGAUAAUGGAUAUUGCGUAUAUUUACACAUGGAAUAGAAACGAACCUAUGAGGUUCUUUUACAAGAUUAAUGCUCGAAUGAUGGUGCCCGUAAUAUUGCCGACGGAUGAACCUAGUACAGCGUUGACAGAUAUUGCGACCACAGAACCUAUGCUAUCACCUGUACCUAACACUGCCACGGAAACGACGCCAUUGCCACCACAAAUAAAUGUUUCUGGUCUUACUCCGAUAGUCGAAACGACAGAAGAAGAUAAGAAAAAAACUAUACCUCAACUUUUGAAACUACCCAUCACCGAAGAACCAAUUGUGAUUAAGGGGGAACAACUGUCCCAAACAGAAUCGAGCCUCAAAGAAUCGACGAUAAUGAUUGCAAGAACUGAUGUAUCACAAAAAGAUCGUCGAUCAUCUCCUUCUCCGCCAAUGAAAUCAUUGAACCCUCCCAUAUCGCCAGAAGGUAGUUCAAGGAAGGAAAAUGUUUCCGAUAAUGUCAUUAACAAUUGUGCCAUUGAACAGUCGAAACCAACUCCCACACUGCCUAUGGCGAUGGAAGAGGAAAAAUCUGUCAAUCUCGUUGAACAUCAACAAACCGGCAGUACAACCGCUGAAAUACCGAUGAAAAAACUGGAAAAACUAGUUGACCAACAGCAAUUGCAACCGAUUGCUGUUACUAGUAAUCCUCCUCCUUCUGCUCUGCCAUUGCCAAAGAAGCACAAAGGAGCCGGUGAAUCCAAGCUCAAUCUGUCCAUCACAAAACUGAUCAUGAAGAACAAGAAUGCUUCCGCUGCUGCCAAAUUCGUUCCUACUUUGCAGCAAAUGCAACAGAUAGGUAUGCAUACAUCCAUACCUAGCUUUCAACAACAACAACAGCAACAAUCUUCGUCUGUACAGCCGAAUGCUUACGUUCGGCCUGGAUUCCCUGGCAUGCAUCCAUUUAAGAGGACUCCUGAAGCGGUUCCUGUUCGGAGCCAAGCAUCCACCAAUCGCCCGCCUUUUAUUCCAGUACGCAAGUCCUAUGAGUGGAAUAAGGCCAGAAGCUUAGCAGCCAAACCACUGCCAUCACCUGUAACAACUUCUGUGAAAGACAACAAGACGAUUGAGAAACCAACUUUGGCGGUGGUAGAAAACCCGAUCAAGAAAUCCAUGGCUGAUAAGUCCCCAACGGCUGUCAUCAACACUUGUAUGUCAUCGAAAAAUGUUGACGAAAUUAACGCCGCUCAAAGUCUUUUAAAAGUUGGUCAAGAUCUUCGGCUCUUAAAGCCUCCGACUGUCACCGAUCUGCAUGACAAGUACAACUGUGAAUCGUCGCUACAGAUCACCAAAGUCACAGAGCCAGAGACGAAUCAACUGCCGGCCGCACACGAAAAUCACUCGAACUCUCAGCCAAGCUUACAGAUAAUGCGAGUGCCACCGGCCACAGACAAAUUAACAAAACCUGCAGCAACUACAGAAAUUAGCAACGGUAACAGCAGUAGCAAUACCGUAGUAGUGCCGAACAAACCGGUCAACAAGAAACCCGUACCAAGCUUGUACAGUAUGCCAACGAAACGAACGAAGGAAGACUCUAACGCACAACACAAUAAUGUUACCGACAACAAUCGUAUAGAGAGGCGCGUGGACACGGAAAAUGGCGUUCUCAGUGUGUCUCUAUUGACCGAGACUUCUAAGCAAGACAUGGACGCCAAGCGUCGUGAAGUCGUGCAACCGGACGUGUCUAUCAAGCUGAUGACGUUCGCUACUGAAUCGGUGAAGAAAGCGCCGGAACUGAGUCCAAUCGCUAUCGGUGGCUGUAACGGCAAGAAAAAAUUGGAUGAAUUGAAACCAAUCGUUAGCGGUGGCGCUAACAACAAAAAUAAAUUGGAUGAAUUGAGUCCCAUCGCUGGCAGUGGCGCUAACAACAAGAGAAAAUUGGAUGAAUUGAAUCCUAUUGUUUGCAGUGGCAUCAACAACAAAAGAAAAUUUGAUGAAUUGAAUCCCAUCGUUGGCAGUAGCUCCAGCAACAAAAGAAAGUUAGAAGAGCUGAAUCCUAUCGCUAGUGGUGGCGUCAACAAGAGGAAACAGGAAGGCCCCGAACGGAAGGUGACACCUCCGAGACUUGGACCGAAUAAGGAUGACGUACCGCAAUUGAUCGAGAUUAACUCGUCGCCGUACGCUAAACUGUUGCCUCCCAAAAAACAGCAAUCUACCCCGAAACAGCAGCAAGCAUCGAAAAACCAAUCGGUUACGAAACACCAUUCGGCUAUAAAACAGCAACCUACCUCAAAACUUCAACCGGUGGCCAAAGUCUUGGAUUUAUCCAAAUCUCCGCCAAAUGGAUGCUUAAAACGGUUAGCGGCUCCUGAAGUCUCCAGUAAUUGUUCCUCGCCUAAUACGAAGAAAUCACCCAAUUCUGUGCAAAUGGUUCAGUCAACAAUGCCCUCAGCUACUUCGGCGGCUAUAAACUCUAACAUGUUGUUUGCUGCCCAACGGCAGGCCGCCGCAUUCCUGUUGAAACAACAUUUCGAAACAUUAAACAACGGGUUGAUGCGUAACGGUGGCAAAUGACCCGUCGAGUGGCCUAGAGCCAUGUUUAAUCCUGCGCUGUUCGCCAGGCCACCUACCAAUCUAAACAAUUGAACGGUGACCUUUUAAGAGAUAUUAUUAUUAUUAUUAUUAUUAUUAUUAUUGCUAUUGUUUUCUUCGUCUUCUCUUUUGAUAUCGUGUAUUGAACCGAUAGUUAAUAUAGUUAUCACUGAUACUAUUGAAUAGUAGUUAUUAUUUAAUAUUAGUUAGCCUAUAGUAUGUACAAAAUGAAUUAUUUUUUUUUAUUCGUUAAUACUAAUAUUUAAUUACUUUUUUUGUUAACGAGCUCGGUGUGUUAUGUCAAAGCUCAAAUGUAAAUGUUUUUUUUUUUAAUGUAUAUAAAUUGUACAAACAAGACACAUAUGUGAAAAAAUGAUGAUAACACUUCAUCGUUAUGCUAUUAUUUACACUAUUAUAUUAAUAGCAGACUGGUACCCUAUAUUUAUUGCAUUACCUAUAUAUUUUUAUUAUUCGUACAUUUAAAAAAAUCACACCAUUUAUGUUGCUUAAACCUCAGCAAUAUUGUAUAUCAAUGAUAUUUAUUAUUACUAUAUUUUGUAUAUACCAAUAAACCGAGCUAUAUAUUAUUUUAUUUAAA